AUGUCUGGGUCCCGCGCUGCGGCUGAGGAGAAGGGGGACUUCAGACAGACGGUCCAGGUGGAGGUGAAUGAAUGUAAGGAAAACCAAAACAUCACUCGAGUGUCUGUGAGUCCAGUCCAGGCUACUGUUUUAGGGAAAACAGCUAAGGUGUGUCUUGUCCCCUUUUCACUCAGUAAUUACAAGCUAGGCCAACUUAAGUACCUCAAAACCCCAUUAGAAAAGAAUUCUAACUAUGAAGUGGUGUGUAAGAAGUGUAAGAAGACUGCAAUUAAGAAAACUUGCGGAAGGAUUUUGACCCCAAGGAUGGAAGCCACAUCUUCCAAGGCAGAAGCCAUGCUGCAAAAAUCAUCCUUAGAUGUUCAUACUGGAAGCAAAAAGCAGCACUCGGACACAGUGAUUUUCGGUGUUGAUAUGGAAAGCAGUCAGGAUGGAGACAGUGAUGAAGAUGACACAUCAAGCCUGGAUGAGUUUUCAGAAUUAUCACCAUAUGAACGGAAGAGACUGAAGAACAUAUCAGAAAAUGCAAAUUUUUUUGCUUCUCUUCAAUUAUCUGAGUCUGCUGCAAGACUGCGUGAAAUGAUAAAGAAGAGACAACCUCCUGAAUCCAAAAGAAAGAAGCCUAAGAAGAGAGAAAAUGGGACGGGAUGUAGAAGGUCAAUGCGAUUACUAAAAGUAGAUCCUUCAGGAGAACCAUUGCAAGUGACUCCAUCUCCACCAACAAUAGUUGCAAAAGAAAAUCCUUUAUUACCUUCUGGGCCUUUAGAAAUGACUCCUGAAAGUGAAGAUGAUAACACUGAACUUUUUAAAGGCUUUCUACAAAUAUGGGCAAAAGUGAAUAAGACAAAUAGGAACAAUACCAAAAAGGAGUUAUCCAACAUUAAAAGCUACAAAGCCAACUUAAAUGACAUGGUCAUAAGUGAAGAUUCUGUUUGUAAAAUAGUCAAAGGCCCAAUAUUCUCUUUGGCUCUCCAUCCAUCAGAAAAUAGAACUUUAGUGGCUGCUGGAGCAAAAUUUGGGCAAAUUGGACUUUGGGAUUUGACUCAGCAACCUAAAGAAGUUGGGGUUUAUGUUUUUCAACCCCAUACUCAGCCAGUUAGUUGUCUUUACUUCUCACCUGCCAAUCCAGCUCACAUACUGUCACUGAGCUAUGAUGGCACCUUACGCUGUGGGGAUUUUUCCAGGGCAGUUUUUGAAGAGGUAUAUAGAGAUGAAAGAAGUAGUUUUUCCUCCUUUGACUUCUUGUCAGAAAAUGCCUACUCUUUAAUAGUAGGACACUGGGAUGGAAGUAUGUCACUGGUGGAUAGACGGGCACCUGACACAUCUUAUGAGAAACUUAACUCUUCUAUGAGUAAAAUAAGAACUGUUCAUGUUCACCCAGUACAUAGACAAUAUUUCAUGACGGCAGGACUGAGGGAUAUUCACAUUUAUGAUGCAAGGUGCUUAAAACCAAGGGGAAGAAAACCUUUGAUUUCUUUCACCGAACAUACAAAGAGCCUCGCUUCUGCUUACUUUUCUCCUCUUACUGGUAACAGAGUAGUGACCACAUGUGCUGAUUGUAACCUGAGAAUCUUUGACAGUAGCUGUUUAUCCUCCCAUAUUCCUCUCCUCACCACCAUCAGGCACAACACCAUUACUGGGAAAUGGCUGACUAGAUUCCAAGCUGUGUGGGAUCCUAAACAAGAAGACUGUGUCAUAGUUGGCAGCAUGGCUAACCCACGACGGAUAGAAAUUUUCCAUGAGACAGGAAAGUCAGUGCAUUCUUUUUUCGGUGAAGAAUGCCUUGCCUCUGUGUGUUCCAUCAAUACUAUGCAUCCAACUCGGUAUAUUUUGGCUGGAGGUAAUUCCAGUGGGAAGGUACAUGUUUUUAUGAAUUAAGAAAAUUUGAGUUUUUGAUUUAGCAACACUGAU